AGACAUGCCAUCAAUGACAAACAUUGCAACCAGCCAUUACUUCAUGGCAAUAUGGGCCUUCCUCUCCCUUAAGUGGGGUGCAUCUCUCAUGGGUUUUUCACACGUCUAUCGCAAGAGGCUGCUGGAGGAGUACCACCCUCUCCUGGCUUGAGGGGAAUCGGACUCAGCAGUUGGUUUAAGUAAUGAUUUAUAAAUAAAAUGGUUUUAUUUUGGGAUUAGUGAUUUUACAGUUGAGAAGAUGCAUGGGAUUUCUUUUGUCCAUACUAUGAUUAUAUAAAAUUAAUUUGCUUUAAUGAAAAGCUUUUGAAAAAAACUGAUUUAAUUUGUAUAAUUAAUUCAGCAGCUAUUAAGACGGUUUUUGGUAUUUUACCAAUAUUUGUGAUUUCUUGCUUUUAAGGGAGCUUUUUUGCUCCAUCCAAAUCAGACAUCAAUUUAACUGUAGAUAUUCAGAAUACCCAUUUAUUUAGUAGUCCAUUGGAAAAUUGCUCUUGUUGGGGGCUAUACAUUAUUGAUUUGUCAGAAAGUUCAGUCUUUUUUAGAAUGACAUAAAGUGAACCCAGUAAUAUUUAUGUGAUCCCAUGCAACAAACUGCCUACACUUGUGGAUUUUAGAAUUGAGUGCAUAUUUAUUAUGUACAUCCAUAAUGUGCCUACUUCUUUUCUUCCAGACACCAUUAUUGAGACAUAAUGCACAGCAAAGGCUUGGAUGUAUUUGUAGAAUUUUGUUUAUAGAAAAAACUGUACAUAUGUAGCGUUCUUUGCAUAAUUAUAUUGAAGAAUGUA